UUCACAGCGUACGGACACUACGGCGGAGUAGUCGGAGUGCGGUGCGGACACUUUCCAGAAGACAGGCUCAACCCUGAAGCGACGUUAGCAAGCGUACCGGCAGUAUGCCACAGAAGGACCAGACAGCUUCCCGCAGCACACAACUCGACGAACCGCACCUCGUCUUUGGAUGGCAAAUGUUCGUGUCACACAAACUCUGAGAAAAAGGGUGUCGAGUUCGAGGUGGAGAAGGUUACUUUGACUUCCACUCGUGUGCCGAUGCGGAGAAUGUGGAGAAAAGAGGAGGAGGAGCCCAAAAGGACUGGAGGAGGCGGAGAGGCACGGGACGAUGCCGGCGCCCAGUGA